UGAAUUAAAUCCAUUAUUCCUGCCUGCUCUCCCUCUGAGCACUUGAGCGCCGCUCAGCUCCCGCGUGCGUGCGUGUGCGCGUGACCCUCUCACAUGUGCACGUUAAGAAGACUUCUGUGUGUUUUUUCGAAGUGGAGUUGGAGUGCCGCUGCUCAUCAGUGAAAGUGACUGUAGGAUCGGGGAGUACCUACCUGCGCUUGUAUUUUGGAAGCUUUUCUGAGACAAAAACUGAACUUUUUUACACUGAGCUGCUCUGUUUGUUUGUUCGUUUUUUUUACCAUACAGGUAACGUUCACAGAAUUCUUUUCUUUCAACAAAUCAUUGGAUUUAAAAAAAAAUAUUAUUAAAAGGAAUUGCUGGCAUCGAACCACUUUGUGGUGUGACCAAGUUGGGUAUAUAAAGUGGAAUAGUUUGAUUCCUUUGGAAAUUUCCUUUUCGUGGACAAGAUACAUGGUGUGGAAAAUAGAAGAGGCAAAUAUUUUGUGAGAUGUUUUUUCACUAUGGAUUUGCCAGGCUCAGGUGGACACUGACCCCAAUCUUGGGAAGUACUGGACCCUUUUGGUGUUUGGUUUCCAGAAGCGAAUGGACAGAUCCAGAUUUGGCCCAUGUGUGACAUUUUCAUUCCUUCUUGGAGGUGAAAGGUGAGACCUGUUGGUUUGGGGAUCCGCCAGGAGAACACUUCCAUGUCAAGACGGCAGGUCCAAAAGAAUACAGGAACUCUGGCACCAUAAGCUGAUACUCAGACUCAACCGAUGGACUCCAAUUGACUAUCUGACCUGAAGUCGAGUGACAACAUCUCCUUGCGGAAUUGAAAAGAAACCGCAUGCCAGAAUGAUGACCAUGAUGAUGAUGAUGGUGGCCACGAUGGUCACCUGCAGCUCCCUGUUCCUUUUGGGACUGGCCGCCGCUCAUGCUUCCUCUCCCAGCACUGUGACGCGUUCGUCUCCGCCUUCCUCUUCCUCUUCGUCCUCGCCACGGAUGAAGCUCUCGUUCAAAGACUUGCAGCAGUUCAAUGGAGUGAGGCGUUAUGAGCUGGAGCGCUCAUGCUGCUUCAGCGCUCUGCUGCUGGACGAGGAGCGGGGCCGACUCUUCGUUGGGGCCAAGAACUUCCUGCUUUCACUAUCGCUGGAUAAUAUCGGCAAACAGGACCACAAGAUCCACUGGCCUGCCCCCGUUGAGUGGAGGGAGGAAUGCAACUGGGCCGGCAAGGAUAUCGCAUCUGACUGUGUAAACUAUGUGAAGAUUGUCCACCACUAUAAUCGCACCCACCUGUACGCCUGUGGAACCGGAGCCUUCCAUCCCACUUGUGCCUUUGUGGAGGUGGGGCACAAGAUGGAGGAUCACAUCUUCAAGAUCGACCCAUCGAACAUGGAAGACGGCAAAGGGAAAAGUCCAUAUGAUCCUCGCCAUAAUGCCGCAUCUGUACUCAUUGGCGAUGAGCUGUAUGCAGGUGUAGCUACGGAUUUAAUGGGACGGGACUUCACCAUCUUUCGAAGUCUGGGCAGACGUCCUUCCAUCCGCACGGAGCAGCAUGACUCACGUUGGCUCAAUGAGCCCAAAUUUAUAGGUUCCUUUUGGGUCCCAGAAAGUGAAAAUCCUGAUGAUGAUAAAGUAUUUUUCUUCUUCCGGGAGACGGCGGUGGAGGCCCAAGGAUUGGGAAGGUCCACUUAUUCCCGCAUUGGCCAACUCUGCAGGAAUGACAUGGGCGGACAGAGAAGUUUGGUGAAUAAGUGGACGACAUUCCUCAAAACCCGACUGAUCUGCUCGGUACCAGGAGCCGAUGGCAGCGAUACUUAUUUUGACGAGCUGCGCGAUGUAUUCCUGCUGCAAACAAGGGACAGAAAGAAUCCUCUGGUCUACACAGUCUUCUCCACUUCCAGCAGUGUAUUUAAAGGCUCAGCUGUGUGUCUCUACUCCAUGAAUGACAUCCGGAGGGCCUUCCUGGGGCCGUUUGCUCACAAAGAGGGGCCCAACUACCAGUGGGUGCCCUUUCAGGGAAAAGUGCCUUAUCCCCGCCCAGGAAUGUGUCCCAGCAAGACCUUUGGCAGUUUUGAGUCUACCAAGGGUUUCCCAGACGAUGUGAUUCAGUUUGCACGUCACCACCCUCUGAUGUACAACCCGGUGUACGCCAUGACCAGACGGCCAGUCUUCGUCAGAACCAAUGUGGACUACAGCUUCACCCAGAUCACUGUGGACAGGGUCAACGCUGCUGACGGACAAUACGAUGUCAUGUUUAUUGGCACAGACAAAGGGACAGUACUCAAGGUCAUCAAUGUGCCCAAGGAGAGUUGGAACAACAUGGAAGAACUUCUGUUGGAAGAGCUGGAGGUCUUCAAAGAUGCCUCGUCAAUCAUCGACAUGCAGAUCUCCUCAAAACGGCAACAACUGUACGUGGGCUCCAACACAGGCAUCGCCCAGGUGCCCCUCCAUCGAUGCAGCGUGUACGGGAAAGCCUGCGCUGAGUGCUGCCUGGCCCGAGACCCUUACUGCGCCUGGGAUGGGACAUCCUGCACUCGCUACCUUCCCAACACGAAAAGGCGUUUCCGUCGCCAGGAUGUGAGGAAUGGUGAUCCCAACACUCUUUGCUCAGGAGACCACCACAAGCACCACGUGGCCGAGAAGAAGCUAUACGGAGUCGAAGGAAGCAGCACCUUCUUGGAAUGCAUCCCCAAGUCCCUUCAGGCCCGAGUCACUUGGACCUUUCAGAAACAACGAGACAAGCCACGAGAAGAGGUGCGUCUGGACGAUCGGAUCCUGCAGACAGACCGAGGGCUCCUGAUACGCCGUGUACUGAGGAGGGACACGGGUGUUUAUCAGUGUCACGCCAUGGAACACGGCUUCACCCAAACCCUGCUGGGCAUCACUUUAGACGUCAUCCAGUCCACGUCGUCUCACAUGCCUUCCGAGGCCCCUUCCCGAGCGGAGCCUCGCAGCGGUGGAGGGCCUCUGGUGGCCAACCCGAAGCUUUGGUAUCGAGACUUUAUGCAGCUGGUGGACCAUCCAAACCUGAACACGGUCGACCAGAUUUGCGAACAAGUUUGGGCCCGCCGGAAUCCCGCCGGCGACCGAAUGGAGAAGAAGCUUCCCACCGCCGGCAGAGACUCAAUGUCUCCUGGUCCCUCUGUCCGGCCCGCUAAUAAGAAGUGGAAGCAUCUCCAGGAGCUGAGGAAGGGGAGGAACCGUCGGACCCACGAAGGAAAACAGAACCCUCGGGCGCCACGGAGCGCGGGGGAGUAACAGCAACGAGAAGAACGAGUGGGCUCGGCAGAACUGAUUCAAGUAGAUUUUUAGAAAGGGACUCGGACAACUUUUGGAGGAGGUUUAAACAUACAAACACACACAUGCACACAAAUGCGCACACAUACGCAGCCCCAAAGCUCCUCCUCCAACGUGUAUAUUUAUCUGUGGAGUUCCUUGCAUGUGUUGAGUUACGUCCCGCAUUCCUCCUACACGAUCCCAUCGCAAUGUGCCAUUCUUGUCAUCGAGUCUACAAGCAGGUAGAGAAACCACACCCAUUUGAUAACUACUGUAUGAAUCCACGUACACUCGUUUUUCAGUACCGGAGAGUGGGCCACAUCUUUGGUCGAGUACCUUGCGACCAACUCCAUGUUAUUGACAGUAUCUAGACGAUAGUGUGAACUCUGUGCCGUGAAAGGAUCCCGGAAAACUUCGAGAUGAACUCACACCUUUCUUCACCCCUUAAAGACUUACGGUGUAGAGUAUAACGUGGACAUGGCGGCGGUUCGGAGACACAACUGGAAUAUACUUCUACGACUGGAAAGGCACGCGUGCAUGCAGGAAGAUGGACUACUUCAUGUGAUGUUUUUACGAGACUCCGCAUUUCCUUUUGUUUCGUCACUCAAGUCGUCAUUACAUCAGGGUGGAGACAGCAGCAGGGGGGCAGAUUGUGGGUUUGUGGGGCACACAGAGACACAUGGCGGCCAAGUGAAACACACCAUUCACGUGUGGCGAGUUGAUGAUGUGUUGCCAGUUACCAGAUGAAACCACUGCAGAGUGAGGAGAAAGGCGCAGAAAACUACUGGCUUUUGAAUAAUGUUAGCAGAAAAUUUGGUGUUUAUACUACAUAUAAAAGAGUGGAGCUAUGAAGGAGUAUAUGGGCCACACUCGGAAAAAAAAACCCAUAGAGCUAGCGGUUAGCAAAUCUGGGGUGUACCGUAUUUUCCAUACAAAAAGGCGCACUGGAUUAUGAGGCGCACCUUGAAUGAAUGGCCUAUUUUGCAAUUCUUUUCAUACAUUGUGCACACCGCAUUAUAAGACGCAAUCUACAAUGCUUCCACUAGAUGGAGUUACGCUCAAGGAAAUGCCAACAGAACGAUCAGAUGUCAGGAAAACAUAUUUAAUAAAGCAGCGACACAGUUCACUUAACCAUCAGCAAUUUAUAACAUUGACUCGUUAACGUUGAACUCACCUGCCGCUGCUCUAUUUCCGUGUUCAAAUGCGUAACCGAUCGCUUUAAGUUUGAACUCUGCGCUGUCAGCAAAUCUCAAGCAUAGAGCCAUUUUGGGGACAAAAUAUUACCGUAAUGACCAUACACAAGGCGCAUCGGAUUUUAAGGCGCGCUGUGAGCUUUUAAGAAAAUAGAAGGCUUCUAGGUACGCCUUUUAGUGUGGAAAAUAUGGUACACUGCCUCGCACCCAUCGUCAACUAGAAUAUCAAUCCAUUUUCUGUACAGCAGCAUGUCCUGUUCAGGGUCAUGGGGAGCUGAUUUUAGGUGGGAAGCAGACCACACGCCGACUUGGUUGCUUGUUAAUCUCCAAGGCACACCAUGAGACAGACAGACAACCAUUGACACUCACGGCUCCAUUUGCAUGACCAGUGCUGUGCCACGUGGUGCAAAUUGGUGCAGAAACAUGUUCAACGAGGUAAUUUUGCAGAUGCGCACAAGCUUGUGUGUUUUUCUCAAAAAGAUGGUUUGCACCAUUAUGGGCAUGAACACAGCCGAAUCUGUCUGCCUGCGACCCGAGCAAAUUCGUCAUAAUAGCAUGAGGCCACACGGUCCGAGCAGGCGAAACGGACUUUCUGCAAAGUGGGAACUGAAUACACGCUAUGCUAUGAGGGGAAAGUCGUGAUGUCACUGGAACAACAACAAAGUUGUAAUAUGAGAAAAAUGAUGUGAUGUCAUAGCACUAAAGUCAUAAUACAAUGAGAAUAAAGAGAAAAAUAGCUGUACAGUACUUUGUACCUAAGUAACUUGACAAGAACCUCAACAGUCUCAUGAUAAAGCUGCUAUGCUCAUACUAACAUUUUACUCCAUUAGUGUUUGUCCCUUUUCAUGUGGCCCUUCUACUCCUUCCUAAGCAAAAGAUGAUAUGCUACCUGGACAAAAAUAUUGGGACACAUGGCUGUUACAUCUAGGAGGUGAAAAAUGAAGCAAAUGUGUAGUUGUUGUUGUUUU